GACCUAUUGAUCCUCACCUAUGGAGCUCUGGUUGCCCAACUGUGUAAGGAUUAUGAAAAAGAUGAAGAUAUGAACAAAUACUUAGAUAAAAUGGGAUAUGGCAUUGGAACACGGCUGGUGGAAGACUUUUUGGCUCAGUCCAGUGUAAGAAGAUGCCACAGUUAUUCAGAAGUUACACAUAUAAUUGCUGAGGUUGCUUUCAAGAUGUAUUUGGGAGUUACACCAAGUGUGACCUGUAACAAUUCAAGCAGAAAUGAAUUUUCACUGAUUCUAGACAAGAAUCCUCUAUCGGAAUUUGUGGAAGAGCUCCCUGCUGGGCGGUCUUCUCUGUGCUACUGCAAUUUACUCUGUGGAAUUAUCAGAGGGGCCCUGGAAAUGGUUCAUUUGGCUGCUGAUGUCACAUUCUUGCAAGACAAACUAAAAGGCGAUAGUGUGACGGAAAUAGGAAUAACAUUUUUAAAACAGCCAGAGGAGAAAAAGUACAGACGGAAAAAAUAAAGGCUAACAUACAAAAUGUGCAUGGUAGCUAGCUGAGGAGUGCAUGGGAUUAACUAACAUGUAUAGCUACAAAAAUUUUGAAUUAACAGCAUGAGCUUUGAACAGUGUAUAAAUUAGCCAGAAAUUUGAAA